AUGUCUGUUGUCAUCAACCUCCCAGAUGCUCCACCACCAAUUGGCCCAUACUGCCUCGCCCGCCUUUGUGGCAACACACUUUACACAUCAGGCAAUGUAGCUCAGUCUGCUGAUGGCACAGUUCCAAAGACAAUCGGAGAGCAGACAACCCUUUCUCUUCAGAACAUGGAAAAGGUCAUCAAGGCUGCAGGCAUGGACAAGACAAACGUUGUCAAGUGCAACUGCUACCUCGCCAACAUGGAUGACUUCGCUGAAAUGAACAAGGCCUACUCUGCCUUCUUCGGCGAUCACAAGCCAUGCCGCUGCUGCGUCCAGGCUGGCAAGCUCUGCGACCCAUUCCUCUUUGAGGUUGAGUGCAUCUGCUACAAGGCUUAA